AUGAAUCGAUAUCUCCACCAGUCGCUUGAAAGCAUUUUCAAGAGUAAUCGCAGCUGGGCGUCGUCCAAAAAAAAGACGGACCCAGCCUUCUUCGACAAGCUUGCGGCUGGGCAGACACCCAAGUACCUAUACAUAGGAUGCAGCGAUAGCCGUGUUCCUGCUAACGAGAUCAUGGGUCUCGAAGCUGGCGAGGUUUUUGUCCAUCGCAAUAUUGCCAACCUCGUGCCAAACAUCGACCUCAACGUUAUGUCUGUGGUCAACUACGCUGUACGGCACCUGCACGUCAAACACAUCAUCGUAUGCGGCCACUACAAUUGCGGAGGAGUCAAAGCGGCGCUGACACCAGCUGACCUGGGCAUACUGAAUCCUUGGCUCCGAAACGUCCGAGACGUAUACCGCCUGCAUGAGAGCGAACUCAACAAAAUCACAGAUGAACAUGCAAGAUAUAACCGACUAGUCGAACUGAAUGUGAUCGAGUCUUGCAGAAACAUUAUUAAGACUGCCGCCGUCCAACAAAGCUAUCGCGAUCAUCAGUACCCAAUCGUUCAUGGCUGGGUAUUCGAUCUGAAUGAUGGCCUACUUAAGGACCUCCAUGUCGAUUUUGAGAACAUGCUGGACGAUGUCAUGAAAAUUUAUCGUCUGUCGCCCGAUCCUACCCCUUCACAAGAUCCCAAGCGAGAGUCAUAG